CAUGGCUAACAUCGUGCGCGCGUGCCGCAAUCGCUCUCGACGCUUCGCGCCAGGUCACUGACAGUUUUACGUAAUCAUUUGGUGCGUCCGAACGGCGAGCCGAAUUUGCAUGCGGCGCAACCGCGGACGCGAAAAGUUCGUGUUUUACCAACGUUUUAUGUCAUGAAAUGUAUUGCGCGCGAACCGCAUCGACGUUACCGCACGUGUUCGGAGUAGGAAAAGUUUCGAUAUCACGCGAGGUGUGAUAUCAGCACGCGCGAAACGCGGAGCUGAUAUUAAAAUUUGCUGUCACGUGGUUUACUUGUUGCUUGAUACUACUUGAUUACAUGCGAUAGAAAUCUCUAUGACGAGGAAAGAAUGCACUUUAAGAAUGAAGGAAGGAGAAUCUUCCAUGAGCUUAUGACGAAAUCAAUAAUUGAACAAGAUAAAUAGGCAUCAUUGCCGCUUGCAUUCCGUUAGUUGCAAAUCUGUUAACUGAUAAAGUUAAUUCUGUGUUGCUAGCUUGUUGAAGGUCGAGUAGAUUGUAAGACAAUAAAAGAGCAUAAAAGCAUUUUAAAAUAUUUUUGCGAUAAACGAAAAUGUAUUAAAUAAUUGUGAUAAAUGAAAAUGUAUUUGUCGAAGGUAAUCAUAAAUAGUGAGCUCUUUGAACACCCACAAGUAGAUCCUAACAAUCGGUGCAAGAAUUUGUCGAUUUUCUGCAAAGCCACAUCUGUGCGAAGACCAUUCAUCUGGUCAUCCUAUCCACGUAUAUUGCUUUUCAUAUGCAUUAUUAUAUGCUUUCCUUAGAUAAAAUGGCAGAAAUGAAGACUUUAGGAUGGGUCGAUUAUCUGGUUAUAGCGAUAAUGCUGUGUAUAAGUGCCGGAAUUGGUGUCUAUUACAGAUUUAGUGGAGGACGUCAAAAAACUAUGGAGGAGUACUUCGUUGCAAGUCGAUCAAUGAGCAUUAUACCUGUCGCUGUCGCCUUGGUGGUCUCUUUCAUGUCUGCUGUUACGCUGCUUGGUGUGUCCGCUGAGAAUUAUACAUAUGGGACACAAUUUGUUGUAAUAAACCUAUCGUAUCUGUUGGGCACUCCGAUUGUAUGCUAUGGAUUCCUACCAGUAUUCUUCAAAUUGCAGGCGACGAGCGCCUACGAGUACUUAGAAAAACGUUUCGGAGUAAGAGCUAGGAUGAUGGCUAGUUUUAUUUAUUGGAUUCAACUGCUUUUAUACUCAGGAGUGGUACUUUAUGCUCCUUCAUUAGCCUUAGAAGCGACAACAGGAAUUUCAAAGACUGCCAGCAUUGUUAUCAUUGGCCUCGUAUGCGCCUUUUACUCAACAAUAGGGGGCAUUAAGGCUGUGCUAAUUACUGACGUAUUUCAAGGCUUACUCAUGUUUGCCGCCGUGUUCUUAAUUAUUGGCACAGCUGCGAAUGACGUCGGAGGAUUGGGACAAAUCUGGGAAAUCGCGAGACAAGGACAACGACUUGAAUUUGAUAGCAUCGAUCUGGAUCCAACAGUAAGGCAUACCUGGUGGUCUCUUACGCUAGGUGGUUUAUGUACAUUUUUAUCACUUUAUGGAGUAAAUCAAGUACAAAUACAGCGUAUGUUGACUGUAAAAAAUAUAAAAGCUUCGCAAAGAGCCAUGUGGCUAUCAUGGCCUAUUCUAUCGCUUCUUUCGAUUACAACUUGCUUUUCAGGAUUGGCAAUAUAUAGCAAAUAUCAUAACUGUGAUCCAUUUCUCGAGAAAAAUAUUACUUCGCCUGAUAUGCUUAUGCCACUGUACGUUAUGGACACGGUGUCUAAUAUACCUGGUGUACCAGGCAUCUUUGUUGCAGGUAUUUUUAGCGCAGGCCUCAGCACGAUUUCUGCGGCGCAGAAUUCUUUAGCGGCAGUAACAUUGGAGGAUUACAUGAAACCUUUAUACAAAAAAUGGGUUGGACAUGAAUUUUCUCCUACAAAAUCAGCUUCCAUGGCUAAAGUGCUUGCUUUUACGUUCGGUAUUAUUUCAAUUGCGCUAGCGUUUCUAGCGCAAUUUUUAGGUGGACUACUUCAGGCUUCAUUAACUAUUUUUGGAGUAGUCGGGGGUCCUUUGUUGGGUGUUUUCACGCUUGGCAUGGGUACGGAAUCGGCGACAGAAAGCGGUGCAAUAAUCGGUGCUCUCACAGCAUUCUCAUUUUUAUUCUGGAUAGUCUUCGGUCAGCCACGUCCAAUACCACCUAAAUUGCCUACUACUAUCGAAGGCUGUGGUAAUAAUAUUGCAAAUAUAACAAUGUCCGUUUUGCAGAACGUCACGCAGAGCUUCUCUAAAAGCACCGGCGACAGUUCAUACUUCUAUUUGUAUCGUAUUUCGUACAUGUGGUAUUCACCUCUCGGAUUCUUAAUAACAUUUAUGCUUGGAUUGGUCAUUAGUAAUCUAUCUCGUUUGAUCUUCAAGAAACAAAACGAUGAAUUAGACACUGAUUUAUUCUUUCCUGUGUUAGCACGGCGUAUACGUUAUAGGCGAUGCAUGGAUGUAGAAAAUGAAGGAAAUUCUUCAUUAAGCAGAAAUUAUUCUCUUAACGAUAUAAUUCAUGGGAAAGAUGAUGCCGCUGAUAAAAUAUGUACAAAACUUUAAUAGUUUAAUUGUAAUUUUAGCUAGGUGUUAUGAAUACUUUGUACUUACAAUCGAAAAAAUUGAUGUUUAAGUCACAAGAGAGGGAAGGAAGAAAAUA